UGUAACGUUUUACGAGUAAAUUCUAUAAAAGUCAGUUUUUGAUUUCCUAUUCAACUUUGAUUUGCUUUCCCGAUAUUCUGCUUAAUUACCAUCUUUGUGCAAUACAAAAAUUGAUUGAAGCGUAACAUUUUACACGAUGGGUGUUCCAGCUGGCAAUGCGGAGAAUGGAAAGAAGGUUUUCAUGCAAAAAUGUGCCCAAUGUCAUCCGAUUGAGAAGGGUGCUCGUCAUAAGGUUGGACCAAACCUGCAUGGAGUAGUUGGACGUAAGAGUGGUUCACUCGGUGAUUAUAAAUAUACGGAUGCAAAUAAAAGUAAAGGUGUGACUUGGACUGAAGACGCAUUAUUCGAGUACUUGGAGAAUCCCAAGAAAUACAUACCAGGCACAAAAAUGGUAUUUGCGGGAAUCAAGAAGGCCGAAGAACGUGCCGAUGUGAUUGCCUUUUUAAAGAGCGCUAAGUAAAAUCCAUAAUUAUUGAAUCGCAUUCUGCUAUAUUCAUAAAAUAUUAUAUG